AUGGGAAUAUUGAGAGGACGUGUCGAUCUAACCUACAGAGCAUCAAACGAUCCAUUAAAAAUGCACAGAGCACUGCGCAUAGUGAAGCCCAACACCGACAUCUCUGGUGAUUACACGUGUGUCGUUUCAACAUUCAUGGAAGAGGACUCAAGAACUAAGCAAAUGAUUGUCUUUGUUCCGGAGACGAAUUUCCGCCUGAUCCAGAACAAGACUGACGAUGAUACUGUAAACGUCAUAUGUGCUGCGGACGGAGCGUUUCCUGAACCAAACCUCACGCUAACCACACCUGAGAGAGAUUACGCUGGCCAUUCUAGGGACAUCACAUCAUGUUUGUACAACCAGACUGAUCCGACAUUGUCGUGCAUAAGCUGGAAAUUAUGA